AUGGAAGCCUACCCAACUAAUGCCGAGCUCCAGAAGAUGGGCGAGUGGGAGCGCAAGGCUAUUUGGAAGAAGAUGCCCAAAAUGGAACUGCAUAUGCACGGAGACAUAGCAUGUCCCGUAAAUAAGCUGAUAGACAUAUACAACGAAUAUGCUACGGGCGAAGAUCGUCUGACGGAGCAGGACAUUUUACAAAACAUUGUCUGCAACUAUAAGAUCAAGGAUUUGGUCGAGUUCAUCGACAAAACACGUAUGAUCUGCAAGGUUUUUUCCAACAACGUGAAGAUUAUUGAGCGUUGCUCAACUGAAGCUGUGCUUGCGAAAUACCGUGAAGGUGUUGUGGGCUUGGAGUUUAGGUUUUCACCUGCCUUUCUAGCCGAAGGCUGCGGUUACGGCUAUGAAGAGGUCGUCGAUAGUGUGUUUUCUGGUAUCGAGAAAGCGAAGCAGCAGAUCUCCACGCCUUUCGAGGCUGGUGCCAUAUAUAUUGGAGAAGUCGGAAUUGCUGACAAGUUCCCCUUUGACAAGUCUGUGGACUAUUUCCUAAAAUCCCGAGACAGGUUUAUUGGGUUCGACAACGCUGGUUACCCUGCCAGUUUCGCUCCACAUACCGCACAAUUCAAGCGUCUCGUGGACGCUGGUGUUAACGUAACGCUUCAUGCAGGGGAGACACCUCCAGAUUGUAAUGAACGCCUUGCUAUGGCUCUUGAUCUCGGUGCUAAGCGUAUAGGUCACGGUAUUGAGUGUGCGAAAUCGCCGGAGAUGAUGAAGAGACUAAUUGAAGAGGAUGUUAUCCUCGAAGUUUGCCCUAAGUCUAAUUGGAUUACUAAUCCAUCGAUUAAGAUGUCUGACCACCCAAUCAGGAAGAUUUACGACGCUGGUGUUAAGGUUUGCAUUAACACUGACGACCCUAUGAUGAUGACUAACAGUCUGCACGAAGAGUACGAUCUGUUGUUCACCCACCUAGGUUUUGGAUAUGCUGACUUCGUGAAAAUGAACACGUGGGCACUUGAGAAAUCGUUCCUUAGCAGGGACGCGAAACUAAACCUCAAGAAGGCAUACUUCCCCGAUGCGAAGAUUUGA